AUGAAUUCAGACUCCAGCCCGAGCAGCAGAGCCUCAUCCCCGGACAUGGAUGCCAUGUUCCUCCGAGAGCACCUCCCUAGCCACCACUUCCAUCACUUGCACCCGCACCUGCAGGCCCACCUGCACCACCACCACCCCGUCUCGUCUUCCACGCAGAGCGGCAAGAUGUCCGAGUCCAAGUCGGCCUCAUCUUCGUCAUCGGUGGAGAGCAGCAGCGGCGGCGUUGGCGGCGGAGGAGGAGGAAGCAACAAGUUCAAACUGAAGAAGCAGGUGACCGAGGAGGAGAUGUACCAGCUGCGCUUAAAGAUCAACGGCCGCGAGCGCAAGCGCAUGCACGACCUCAACCUGGCCAUGGACGGCCUGCGCGAAGUCAUGCCCUACGCGCACGGACCUUCCGUGCGCAAGCUGUCCAAGAUCGCCACGCUGCUGCUGGCCCGGAACUACAUCCUCAUGCUCAACAGCUCCCUGGACGAGAUGAAGCGGCUGGUGGGCGAGAUCUACGGCGGCCAACACUCGGCCUUCCACUGCGGAACGGUGACGCAUCCUGGAGCGGCGGCCGCGGCGGCGGCUGCUGCAGCCGCAGCGGCGGCCGCACACCAGGUCCACCCGCUUCUGGGCGGCGGCCUGUCGUCCUCCGCGACAUCCACCACGUCGUCCACCCUUCCCGCGCUCACCUCCAUCCGGGCCCCGCACCCCAUGAUGAAAGGCUCCCCGGGCGCCGGGCCCCCGAGCCUGCAGCUGGGCUCCGGGUUCCAGCACUGGGCCGGCUUGCCGUGUCCGUGCGCCAUCUGUCAGGUGCCGCCUGCUCCACCUCCUCCCCCUCCUCCUCCAACCCACAUCCCCAUCACCUCCUCCGGCCUCACGAGACUCACGGGGGAGGCCAAGGACGGCAUGAAAUGA